AUGAGUGCGGCACUUCCGUCCAUACAAAUUCCUGUGGACUAUGCUCAAAUUCAAACCACUCUAGAAGACUUUCUGGUGCAUUUCAAAAACAACACGUUCUCGAGCGCGACGGCCCAGGACGAACUCGCCGAUGAGGACAUGGACGUUGGAAGUGGCCCCAAGUAUAUGUCUUUGCUACAGAAGGUUGCGAAUCGUGAACUUCACACUUUGCUUAUCGAGCUUGACGAUCUGCAGAGAUACGAGAAUGAAAAACUCCUGACUUCCGAGUCCGCUUCGAUGGGGAUAGUACAAACGCUGCUCCAGAACUCGUACCAUUUCAUAGAGCUCUUCAGUCGUGCUGUCGACAAGUUGCUCCCCCCUCCAACCCGAGAAAUCGACUAUAAGGAUGACGUUCUAGAUGUGAUUUUGUAUCAGCGGAAGCUGCGCAACGAUAGACUACUGUCAGACAGGCGUACAGAACUCUCAGCAGAGGCUCCUGGUGAGUUUCAAGACGAGAACCUGAUGCGUGAGAUUGCAGAACAAGAGUCCGAUCUGUUUCCCGCCAAACUAACCAGACGCUACAACCUUUACUUCAAGCCGCUCAGCUCCAUCUACAGUCCGAAAUGGCGAGCUCCACUUCCGGUGCGGGAAAUAAAGGGUGAUCGCCUAGGUCAAUUGAUCACUGUGAGCGGGAUCGUCACUCGGGUUUCCGACGUUAAGCCAGCUGUCAUGGUCAACGCUUACACCUGUGACCAAUGUGGUUAUGAAGUCUUCCAAGAGGUGAACUCUCGUACUUUCACACCUCUAGUGGACUGUACCUCUGAACAAUGCUCUCAAAACCAAACAAAGGGUCAGCUGUUCAUGAGCACAAGAGCGUCCAAGUUCAAUGCCUUCCAGGAAUGCAAGAUCCAAGAGUUGUCGGAGCAAGUGCCAAUUGGGCACAUCCCCAGGAGUUUGACUAUUCACAUUAACGGCGCUCUGGUCAGGAGCUUGAGCCCUGGCGAUGUGGUAGACGUCACUGGUAUUUAUAUGCCUUCUCCAUACACAGGUUUCAAAGCUCUUAAGGCUGGUCUUUUGACAGAAACCUAUCUGGAGGCACAACAUGUGUUUCAACACAAAAAGAAGUUUGCAGCAUUUGAAAUAACGCCUGAAACAGAAGCAAGAGUGAUGUCCAUAGCAGCGCAGGGUGAUGUUUACAACAGGCUGGCCAAAUCAAUCGCACCUGAAAUCUACGGAAACCUUGACGUUAAGAAGGCGCUUUUAUUGCUGCUAGUCGGUGGUGUGGACAAAAAAGUUGGGGACGGCAUGAAAAUCAGAGGUGAUAUCAAUGUCUGCCUAAUGGGUGAUCCAGGUGUUGCCAAGUCUCAAUUAUUAAAGUCUAUUUGCAAAAUCUCACCUAGAGGGGUCUAUACCACAGGAAAAGGUUCCUCGGGUGUCGGCCUGACUGCAGCUGUAAUGAAAGAUCCUGUAACGGAUGAAAUGGUGCUUGAAGGCGGUGCGUUAGUUUUGUCAGAUAAUGGUAUUUGUUGUAUUGACGAAUUUGACAAGAUGGACGAAAGUGACAGAACUGCAAUCCACGAAGUUAUGGAGCAGCAGACAAUCUCUAUCUCCAAGGCAGGUAUCAACACAACUUUGAAUGCCAGAACUUCCAUCUUGGCCGCUGCCAAUCCUCUAUAUGGUAGGUACAACCCUCGGCUAUCACCACUUGAAAAUAUUAACCUGCCUGCUGCGCUGCUGACCAGAUUCGAUAUUUUAUUCUUGUUGCUGGACCUGCCAAAUCGCGACGAUGACGAAAAGCUUGCUGAGCACGUAGCUUUUGUUCAUAUGCACAACAAGCAACCUGACCUGGGCUUUGAGCCAUUGGAGCAGAGUCAAAUGAGAGAAUUCAUCGCUUACGCCAAGACAAAGAGGCCUACCAUGAGCCGCGAGGUCAAUGAGUAUGUGGUACAGUCUUACAUCAGGAUGAGACAGGAUUCUAAGAAGGCCAUGGACUCGAGGUUUUCCUUCGGCCAAGCUACCCCAAGAACGUUACUGGCAGUCAUUAGAAUAUCACAGGCGUUGGCCAAACUGCGUUUCAGCGAAAAAGUGGAAUUCGAUGACGUUGAGGAGGCUCUCAGACUUAUCCAAGUUUCGAAGGAGUCUUUGUACCAGGAUGGUCGCAAGAACGCCGAGGACGAAAAUCCAACUACGAAAAUCUACACUAUCAUCAAGAACUUGGCCCGCGAUGGAUCCCAAAUGCAGCGCAGUCUGCCUUUUGAUCUUAUUGUGAAAACUACCAGAUCCAGAGGUUUCACUAUGUUGCAGCUGAAUAGCUGUAUCGAAGAAUACGCCUACUUAGGGAUUUGGAGUUUAGUUGACGAAGGUGCUACUCUGCAGUUUCUGAACCAGGGUGCGGACGAUGCUGGUGAGUUCAACUCGCAAGGAACCUCUGUGUCUACCCCUGUGCCGGCUAUAGACACCGAGCACAGUGAUCUGGACAUGGGUGAAUUGUGA